AGCCAGCUCGCCCACCGCCAAACCGGGAGGUAUCCACGGCGAGGUCUGAUGUCCGACAUCGAGGCGCUCAAUGGGCGCACCAGACGAAGACGAAGGCUGACAUUACACGGUCGCGUGGCUUUACUGCUCAUUGGCGAAGCACUCGCGAGCUUAGCAGUCUGGACCGUCGCGCUUGCGCUCUUUGCGCCAUCUGCGACUAAGCGACGGGUCCUGAGUCUAUGCGUCGUCGCUUAUACGCUCGGGCUACGGCACGCACUCGAUGUGGACCACAUCUGCGCAAUAGAUCUCGUAACACGUAGGAUGCUCGCGCGACCAGGUCUUACCCCGCCUUGCACGGUUGGGCUCUACUUUUCGCUUGGGCAUUCGACCAUUGUGAUUGUGGUCACGAUGACGGUCGCCAUCAGUACGGGUGUAGCAGCACAUCUGAACGGCGUGGGCAAUGUUGGGGGCAUCUUGGGCACGACCAUCUCGGCCUCGUUCCUCUUACUCAUUGCACUCAUCAAUAUCGCUCUGCUUGCUCUGAUGCUACGCCGACGCAACCGGCUUGCAGACACUACAUCCGAUGAGAAGUCGAGUAAGCAGGCAGAGGUGGGAGUGCCGCCCGCGUUAGGCUGCAUGGCUCGCGUGAUGCGCCCAUUUUUCAGACUGGUAGACAAGCCUUGGAAAGCCUACCCACUCGGGCUAGCCUUUGGCGCCGGCUUCGACACGACAUCAGAGAUUGUGCUGCUCGGUAUCAGUGCCCUAGCUCGGUCUCCCGGGGCAUCCGGGGGAAUCAGCACAUCAGAGAUCAUGAUCCUGCCCGCACUCUUUGCUGCUGGCAUGACACUUGUCGACUCGCUCGAUGCUUGCUUCAUGCUUUAUGCUUACGCCUACCCUAUCGAGACGCGUGAGAAGGGCUGGUGGCGACGCUUGCACUUUAUAGAGGAUCACGAUGCGGCACUCGCAGGUACUGAUACCCGCCCUCUCGACACAACCACGACGACGAACAUUUCCAUUUGCCUGACAGUCGUCUCCAUCACCAUUGCACUGUUUAUAUCGCUUGUCGAGUUUAUGGGCUUGGCAGCCGCUCAAUGCGAUGGCUGCGCGAAAGCUGCUGCAAACGACCCAGGUCUAUCUGGUCGAUGGUGGCGGUUCUGGAUUGCACUCAACGACAAUUCAGGCUACAUGGGCGCAGGCGUCAUUGCACUCAUUGCACUCAUCAUAGUCUCCUGGCUGCUCGGCACACGCAUACAUAGGCACAGGUCUCAGACAUGCUAGAUUUUGUUACUGCUUGAGCAGACGCGCUGCGAGAAUGGCGGCUCCCACAACGGAUGUGCCGCCCAUGACUUGCUGCCACUGACCGCUUUGCGCCAAAGUCAAGGCGACAGUGUUGAAGACGAGCGAGGCAGCGAAGGAAAGCGACUUGCUCGUCGCGACACCGGCAGCGAAGCCGACGGCGGAUAGUGCUUGCACCCAGCCAGCAGGUUGCGAGACGACCUGUGGGAAGAACGCAAGUGCGCCGUUGUGCAGCAUGUCGAGGACACCGAUACCGGCAAAGGUGGAGCAGACGAGAUGCGUCAGAUCGGUCUGUGGAAGGUUCUGAGCUCUCGCAAAGAGAUAGUAGAGCUGAGAGGCCGAGUU